AUGGCAGACAGCCAGUCCCGCGCGAGAAGUCACGCGGCCACGGCGUCCCGGUCCCCUCGCACCCAACACGCGGCUAUACGAUCACGAUAGCUAUCGUUCCUUACAGAAACUGUAGACAAUCGCUGGAUUUCUUAACUCUAUUCGACUGUAAAAAACGGGUAAACUUAAUUCUUUGCCUGAUUGGGGUUACAAUUGAACAAGUAUUUUUUACUAAUACUUCAUAAUAAAUAGUGACUUUCAAAUAUAAAUAUCGCUUUGCCUUGUUGGUGGAAGUAGUUUUUGAGUGGACAUUGAAGUAAUAACCUCGUAAAGAUGUGGUGGAUUCUUCGUCGGGCCCGGCUCACCGGCGCUUCGCUGUUCAGCCAGGCGACGGGGACUAACAACAAUAACAAUGUCAAAACAGAAUCGAGACCUCCGCGAAAGAAUUACAAUCAGUUGUCCUCGAACGAGAAGCUCGAUAACAGACAGACAGAUGAUGUUCACAUUGAGGAAGCAGAAGCCGAGUCAGAUGCCAGUAGCACCGAUUUGGAUGAACGUGACACCGGCGGAGUAUGCCCACCGUGUGCGCACGACCGAUAUAAUAACAAUGUUCGUCGACAUGCACAUGAUGACUUCAGCGAUGAUACAGAUUAUGACGAAGCUCUCACUUGCAACGUGUGCGACCGGUCGUUUCCAACGCGUCGUCAACUCGGCGAUCAUCAACAGAAGAAACGACAUUUUGGAUGCAGCGCGUGUGACAGCCUGUUUCCCUCGCUGAUGGCACUAGAGCACCACAAAGAGGAGUUCCAGCACUGGAGCGACUCCUCGUACUGCUCGCACUCAGACUCUGAGGACAGUGACCUCGAGACGUGCCACGAGGACAAGCAUCGACUACUCUAAUGCCACCACCUCAUUAUUGCCGGGGAGAAGCCCACUGAGUUGGGCACAUUUGUUUGAACAGCUUUGUACGAUUCUUCUGGUAUAGGCAAGCGGGUGGCUAUCACUUUUGUGUGUAUAUUUUGUAUGUUCGCAAAGAUUUGAGAACUAUCAAGUUUGUUUUAAAAAUAGUCUAAUUUCCGUUAAGUGGUUGAAAUGCAGGAAUUGCAAAAAAUUUUGCAAAUAUGCGGACUUGAUAAAUUUGUGCCAGCACAUCUAUUGUAGAACCGGUGCACUAAGAUAUUUAUUAUUGUUUGACUAUUGAUAAAAAAAAAGGUUUACUUUAUAUGGUUGGCUAUUUUAUGGAAUAGAGGAUUUAUGAAAUCUUCCAUUUCACUCCUGCAUACAAUUUAAGUGAUAGAUAGCCACACGCUUGACUAGCCUGUACAAUGUCAACAAAGGUCUAAAUAUUCUGAUAUCAAGUGUAUUGCUGUCAUUAGACGUCUACUCCAUCUAUAGGUAAUAAAGGUAUUAAAACUCAAACAGGUCAGUAAAAAACGCAUAUAUUUUUAUGCCAUGAAUCAAAAUUAUAUCUGGGUCUUAAAGACUUCAGUGUUUACUUAAAAAGUAUACAAUGUUAAUGAAUUUACAAAAACAAUGUUUCUUUUUCAUAUUAGUCACCAUUGUGACUUUUCAAAUGUAUGUUUAUAAUAGGAAAGAAUUACAGUAUUCCUAAGUAUAUAAUACUAUAUAUACUGAAGCCUAAUUAUUGUACAGUGUAGACACAUAUCAUUUUGUACAAGCAAACGUACCUACUACGUAAAGGAAUCUAUGUGAAGUGAAUAGAAACAAACAAUCAUAAACUGUGUGAUUUUCAUGAAUUGUCUAAGAAUAACUACAUAAAUAC